AUGACUCCACUUGCGUUUCCCCCUCCCCCAGGCCUAUCCCACUGUUCCCUCCACCCCACCAACCCCUCACCCCACCUCACCUCACUGCUCACCCUCCCCACCUCACACCCCCCUCCCCCAGGCCUAUCCCACUGUUCCCUCCACCCAACCCACCCCUCACCCCAACUAACCUCACUGCUCCCCUCCCCACCUCACACCCCCUCCCCCAUGCCUAUCACACUGUUCCCUCCACCCAACCAACCCCUCACCCCACCUAACCUCAUUGCUCACCCUCCCCAACUCCCCCCUCCUCCCCCAAUGCCUAUCCCACUGUUCCCUCCACCGCACCAACCCCUCACCCCACCUAACCUCAUUGCUCACCCUACCCCCUCCUCCCCCCAUGCCUAUCACACUGUUCCCUCCACCCCACCAACCCCUCACCCCACCUAA